AUGGCCUCGCUGGGUGAUAAUCCAGGCGGCGGCUCCGGGGACGCGGACGAAAACCUUGUCGCCAGAGUGGAAGAAGAGGCAGACAGAAGCAGCGUCGGCCGCGAUCGGGUAGAUGAGAUCGCAGCGUCCGGCAUGUUCGGCCUGGACGCCUGGCCGGACAUCACUGAUGUGGAGAAUUGCGGUACCUCGUGGAGUCCACCGGCGACGCUGCGUCCACGAAACAGGCUGACGGACCUCCAGGCGGAUCAACUGCGGUGCGGUACGGGCGAGCCGCUGAGCCGUAUAUUGUUGUUUCCCGGGGCCAAGACUUCGCCGACUCCUUCGACGCCUGGCGGAAGAACACGUCGUGAGCACGGAAGGAGAGGCGGCGGGACCCGUCAACGCGGCAACCGCUGCGCAGCGCCUCGUGGCGACUCGGAACAUGACCCUGGAGCUUGGGCCAAGCUAGUACUGCGCGUCACGGCGGCCGUUUUGCGUCACACCCCCGUCUUGCCCUUUCUCGUUUUCAACAUGGGGGUGCGGUCCAGAAACCGCCGGGUGAGCAUGGCCAGCGUGAGGAAGAGCGAUUUCCCAGAGGUGGAGCGCACCAUCCGAUCGCUGACAGCGGCGAAACUGGAAAGGGCAAAGGUCGAAUUAGAGGCCUUCGGCAAGAGCACGGAGCCCGACGUCAAUCGACUGCUGAGAAGCCUGACUCUGUACGGGUACCGGCAGCCUAUGUCGAGGGAGAGUCGGCUGACCAUGCGACGGAAGAUGAAGUCGCUUAUAAUCCGUCACGGCAUUCCCGCGAUAUGGUUCACGCUCAACCCCAAUGAUAUCACGAACCCGAUCAAACUCAAGCUCGCCGCACAUCGCACCCGCGAGACAGACGAAGCCGAGGAGUUCUUGAGAAGCCUCGAUCUCGUAUACAAGAGAGCGCGGCUCGCGAUAUCGGAUCCCCUUAGCUCGGUCAUAUUCUUCCACCGGGAGAUUUCCAUGUUCUUCGAGCACUACGUGCGGGUCGGGAAGGAUUCGGUGUUUGGCCGCGUCGGCCAGUACUACGGGGCAGUCGAGACGAACGAGAGGGGAGCGCUACACCUCCACGGCCUCCUCUGGCUCCAGGGAAACAUGCAACUGAGCUCCCUGCCGCGGGACGUUCAGGGGGAGGGCCAGACCGCGUACCGGGACCGCGUGAUCGAGUAUGUAGACAGUGUUUUUGCGGAGGACCUCGAUGAAGGAGCAUCGGCGGGAAUGCGAGCUAGCAGGCCAGUGGCGGCGGAGAUUUCGACGCUGGUGAGUAACACGGCUCAGUUGAGCGCAUCGUUCGAGGAGGAAGCAAACUUCUGCGCCGGCGCCACCCAGGUUCACACGCAUAGUCCUACGUGUGUUAAAUACUCCAUCGGUAGACGAGAGAAGCAGAACCCCUGCCGGUUCGGGGCUCCUUGGCGACUGGUGGAGAAGACGUCGUUCACGGAGGACGGAUUGCUGCGGAUCCGUCGUGGUCACAGCCUGGUGAAUCGCUGGAACAAGGCGAUAGCGGUAGGCUUGCGACACAACCACGACAUUUCCUUCAUCGUGACGAAAUGCAAGGGCCUGUCACUCGUCUACUACCUGACCAACUACGCUACCAAGGUAGAGGAUCCUGUGUGGAAACGUGUGGUGGCAGCCAAGGAGCUAAUUCGGGUGCUUGGUGAUGUGACGACGACGACGACGACGACGGCGGCGGCGGCAGACCAGCCGAACGACGGGUCGCAUUUGACCGGGAAUGACGGGCGGGGAAACCGGACACGGCAAUUUCUCCUGCGCGUCGCCAACAGGAUCUUCACGGAGCGGGCGUUGUCGCAGGUCGAGGUGGUGGCCUAUUUGCAGGGGUGUGGCACAGAGUUUACAAGCAGCAACGUCUGGACGUUUCUGAACGUGUGCACCCUGUACUGGCACAUAUCCCGGCGUUGGCCACUCUUGCGGCGUGCGGCCGGCGGAGAGGACAUCGGUGAGCUGGCCGAAGAGACGGUUCUCCUGGGAGAGGCUGGGCAGCGGAUAUCCUUGUUACAGGCAUACCCGCACCGUGGCAGGCCUCUCGAAGGCCGAUCCCUUUACGAUUACAUGUCUCUAGUCAAGCUGAAGCGGAAAGGGCAAGCGGUCGCUUGGGGAGAGGUGGAGCUGGACCGCGCCUGGCCGGCUUCUCAGGCUUGGGUGCAGACGCUGCGGCGGCCGGGACAGCAAGCGACCGUUUGCUUCGACGGCUAUCUCAGCAUGGAUUUCACCGAGGAGGAUGACUCUUAUCACAGGAGGUACGCCUUCCUGUGCGAGACAUCCGGCGACGCGAACGACAUUUGGGAGAGGCAUAAGGCAGGUCUUCCCAAGCGCAUCGCGUGGCUAGCGGUCAACAUCCAGCUGCUGCGGCGCUCGGCCGAGGAUGUGGCGCAGGAUAACAGACAGUGGGCGGCCCUGUCCGGCGAGCCCGACCGCGUUGCUGACGCGGGUGAGUCGGGUAGCGCAGAAGCUGAUGAUGCGGCGGGCGCGGGGUACCGUGCAGACGGCGUCGGGACGGCGACGCGGCUGAUAGAUGUAUUAAGGAAUGCGAUGUCGGGGAAAGAGAUCACGACCGGUUCCAAAGAGAUCUCCACACUAGUCCGGCAAAUGCAUCGAUUCCAGGAGACCGCUCUAGGCUCCGCGGACGAUCUCGAUGCCGCGGUCAUCCCGGACUCUGGGAGGAGCAUCCUAGGAGGGGCCGUGCCGGGAGAGGGAACAGCACGGCAGGAGCAGCUGAGAUCCAUCAAGUCGCAGCAGACAGCCCUCUCCCGCGAACGGGAGAGGGCCAUCCAGGGAAUGCAGAGCCGUUCGGACGAUGCCACGGCCGGCAGCGGAGUCGCGCCCCGCAAUGGUUUCGAGGAGCAGGACGACCUCGCCGCCGCGGCCGUUCACGAAACGGCUGUGCUUGCCACGGGCCCGUCGACGGACGUCAUGUGCGGGACGUCCACCUCCUUCCGGGAGGUCGGGAGGCAGGUAGCCGAGUCGCUGACGCUGAAUCGAAGACAGAGCAUCGCUCUCGAGCUGGUCUGCCGCCAGCUUGACCUGGUUCGUCGCGACGAGAGCGGAACUCCCCAGCUGUGCCUGUUCGUCGGGGGGGAAGGCGGCACUGGAAAGUCGCGGGUCAUCGCUGCCGUCGCCGAGCUGUUCGCCCGAGCAGCGCAGAACCAUCGCCUCCUAGUGACGGCGACGUCCGGCACGGCGGCCGCGAACAUCAACGGAAUCACCAUCCAUUCCGCUUGCAAGUUUUCCAAGGACAUGUCCACGAGAUCAGGCCGCGCAGGGGACCCGGACGGCUUCACGUCGUCCGGCUCGGCAGUUCUGCGCAUCGACGGCAGGACCAAGAUGGAUUGGCAGGAGAAGUACGUCCUGAUCAUAGACGAGGUCAGCAUGCUAGGUGCGCGGACGCUCUACGCCGUCAACGAACAGCUCUGCAGGCUCCGGGAGUCCAGAAGGGACUUUGGCGGCAUCCCGGUGGUCGUCUUUUGCGGUGACUUCCACCAGUUUCGCCCCGUGCAAGAGAGGUCGAUUCUCCUCCCGAGCUCGGCCAUCCCGUGGGAGGGAGACCAGAGCUUCGGCCUGGAACAGAGGCGGCAACACGACGUGGCCCACGCGCUGUGGAGGAAGUUCACAGCGGUGGUGAUCUUGGAUGAACAAGUGCGCGCCGCGCACGAUCCACGACUGCGCGGGCUGCUGACGCGCAUUCGACGAGGAGUGCAGGACCAGUCGGACGUGGAGUUACUGAACAACAGUGGCUACCAGGAAGGCCGGCGGAUCCCAUGGGAGUCGGGCAUCACCGUGGUGACGCCGCUGAACAGAAACCGGUGGAACCUGAACAUCGAGGCGACGAUCGCUUUCCACCAGAGGCAGCGGCAGGCGCCACUCCAGAUCUUCAUCUCGGAACACAAGUGGAAAGACGGCGAGCCGACAGAGGAGGAGGCCCUCAUGAUGCUGGGCCAAGGGGACGAUAGUGCCAUCCCGGCGCCUGCCGUCUUCCUCUUCGUCCCCGGCAUGCCCGUUGUCGUGAAUCAGAACACCCACCAAGGACUGAAGCUGGUCAACGGGGCCACCUAUACGGCGGUAGACGUCAUCCCCGAUAGGGCAUACCCGGGCCACAGGGUCGACGCCGACGCCGUGCUGCACCUGGGCCCGCCGGCGGGCAUCCUGCUCGCUUCAGAGACGACGAGGGAGUUUCGCUUCGUCGGUCUGCCGCCCGGCACCGUGCUCCUGACGCCCUUGAGCACCAAGAUAGACUGCCAGAGAAAGCGGCCCUGGCAGCAGCACGACGCCUCCCGCAGGGGCCUACCGUGCGCACCGGCGUUUGCGUGCACCGACUACAAGGUGCAGGGGAGGACGCUAGAUCGGGUAGCCGUCGAACUGCGAGGAACGAGGACAACCCAUGUCGGCAGCCAGGCGAUUCCGAGCACGUGUGACCCAUACAGCCUGUAUGUGCAGCUGUCGCGGUGCAGGUCGCUGGAUGGCAUCAUGCUACUGUCGAGGGCCCGAGAACGUGACCUGGUGGGGAACAUCGUGCCACCGGAAAUGGCUCUGGCCGAAUUGAGGCUGCAGCAGUUGAACAACAAGACGGUUGAGGCGGCAGAGUUGCGAGACCGGUCGGAAGAAGACUCAAGAGCGGAAGGGAGGGGUGGAGGAUGA